UCGCGGGAGUGCUACGAGGAGAUCGUGGCGCUGGAGCAGGCCGAGGACCGCAUCGCCAAGCUGGAGGAGGAGAACGGGAGCCUGCGGGAGCUAGUGGAGGACAUGCGGGCCGCCCUGCAGAGCAGCGACGCCCGAUGCCUGGCCCUGCAGGUAGGACUGCGGAAGAGCCACACUAACCAUAAGGAAGAGGGGACCUGUUUUGUAGGGUGCAAGAGACCGCUAAUGCAGAACCACUCCCAGACCAAGUGCCUUCAGAGUGUACUGAAGGAAGUGGAACUCAUCCGGAGCUCCAGGGACGGGCAAAUAGAAGAAGCAAUUAGGUUCAAUCAGGAACUGGAAAGAGAGCUGAAGAGCUCUCAGGAAGCUCUGGUCAGUCUGGAGGACUGCAACCGUAACCUGAAGAGGGAACAAGCAGAAAUGAGGAAGAAGGUGGAAGAGGCAAGACACGCUGUCCUUAACAGUCUUGGCAAAGUGAAGGAGCUGGAAGUGAAAGCCAACGAGGUGCCACAUCUGCAAGUAUACAUCCAGCAGCUGGAAUCAGAACUGCAGCACUACAGGUCAGAAAUGGUGAGAUUCCAGCUUCCCUCAAGCAGCAGCCCAGAGCAGAAGGAGGAAGCAGCUUUACCAGAUGGGAGAUGCUGCCUGGCUGUCGGACAACAGGACCGGCGCUCGCCCACUGGUGGGGCUGGGGCUUCUGAGAACGAGGAUCAGCUGUUCCGUGCUGUGGAGGGCCAGGCUGCCUCUGAUGAGGAGGAGGAGAAGUGGGCAGGAGACCAGCCCACCCAGGUGGACCACAUGAAGAAGAUACUGGCCAAGCUCCCCUGCUGUGCCAGUGGGUGUGAUGAAAAGAUGUGGAAAAGGCUAAUGUCUUACUUGGAGACCAGCAGGAGUGAUGGCCAUGAAGCAGCGCCUGUGGAGCUCGCAGAGAGAAUCACACAGCUCACUGAACAGCUCCACCUGAAAGGGCACGAAGUGCAACAACUGGAAACAAACGUAGAAGAGAUGAAAGGCCCAUUGCUAGGUGAGCUGCAGCAAAAGGUGGAGGAGACUGAAGUGCUGAAGAUGGAGCUGCAGAUGUUGGAGACGGAGAGAGUUAGGCUGUCCCUGGUGGAGGAAAAGCUCAUGGACGUUUUACAGCUUCUUCAGCAACUUCGAGACUUGAACAUAUCUAAGCGAGCCUUGGGAAAAAUCUUGCUGAGCACUUUGGAAUCCUGCUGGGACCCCCAACCUGGAAAAGCCCACCUAUUUGAAGUCCUAGACACUCUUUACCAUGAGCUGGCAGGCUGCGAACUCCUACAAAGCCAGCCUCUGGAGAAAGCACAGAGUUGUCAAGCCUUGUCCAACCCACUGGUCAUCUCCUGCUGA